AUGGGAGGAAAUACAUCAGAUACUCUCACACUAUCUGAUGAAAUAUGGAAUAGAGAUAUCGAGAAAAUGUUUACUUCUUCAAAAAUGACAGAACAAUUCAAUUUCAAAGCGAAAUUCUUGCAAGCAAUAAAAUAUAAUUCUGAUAAAGGAGAAGUUGGCAAUUAUGUGUUUAUAUCUGAUACAGGAACGAUUACUUGUUUAUCGAAUAUACUACCUGAUAUAGAAUUUACUCAAGAACUUGGUUCAAUUCAAAUUAAAAAUGUAUUUAAUAUAGGUUCAUCUCGUUUAGUUGCAUUUUCAGAUGAUAAAAUUUAUAUUCUCGAGUACCAGACUUCAAAAUUCAAUGUUAUUACAUUAGAUAUUGCAAAACCACAAUUUUUCAUUCCAUUAAACGACAAAAUAUUCGUCAUAGUUACAAAAAAUGGUGAAAUUCACUUAGUUGGAGAAGAUAAUAAAAACCAGUUAAUAUUAAAAGUCGAAAUUAACUCUUCAAUUAUUCAAGCUUCUUGUAUGAAUUUAGACCAACAAUACAUAUUAAUUUCCACAGAAGCUACAUCAUACAUCAUUUCUAUCAUCAAUAAUCCAAAUUGCAAAGAUUUGGCAACGUUUGCAAAUGCGGAAAAAGUAAUUUGCGAUGACAGAGAAAUCUACUUAGCAAAGAAAGGGUCUAACAUCAUUUACAAGGUUACAGCAAGGCCAGAUUUCACAUUCUCUGAUCCAGAACCAAUUACUCCUCAAACAAAUGAAAAUAUUAUUGAUUUCGUUUUGUUAUCAAAGAAAUUACUAUUAAUAAUAUAUCAGAAUACUAUAUUAUCAUACAUGGCUGGCACUCUUAGUCGCCAAAUUGUAUUUCCAUCAACUUUUUCACCAAAAAUUUGUUUUCCACUUGCAAGAAUUGGAUAUUUCAUUCUUAUUUGCAAAGGAGGGCAUAUUCUUCUUUGUAAACUCUCUGAUAGCAGUAAUCCAGCCGAUAAAAAUGAGAAAAAAUUUAUUGAGUUAUCUUGGCUCCAUAAAUGCGAAAUUUCUCAAAUUGUUAGUAUCCAAGAGUCAUCAUUUUUAACAUUUGAUGAAAAUGGCAUUGCAAUUUUAUGGGAAAACCUUCCAAAUUGGUGGAAUGCUCCUCAUUUCUUAGAUAUGUUUGGAGAAAAAGAAAACUCAGCAUUACAGAAGUAA